UCGUUCAAGGGCCAGUUGACGCAGAGCAUCAUGCAGCGCCUGGAGCGCGAGCGGGCCGACCUACAGCGCCUGGCCCGGGCCCAGGCCCAGGCCCGGACAGGGCGAAACUUUAGCUUCACCUUCAUGCUCUUCUUCGUCGGCUCCGCCUGCUGGUUCCUGGGCUACCAGUACCCGCGCGACGUGGACCCCAGCUCGACCCUGCCGCUGAACGCGACGCGGCCGCCCACGUACAAGCUCAACCCGGCCCACCUCGAGGCCGCGUGGGCCGACUUUGUCGAGAUCGUCGGCCAGGAGAACGUCAGCACGGUCGAUGACGACAUCAAGCAGCACACCGUGUCCGAGUGGUCGUCGCACCAGCCCACGGACCCGGCGCAGAAGCCCUUCUGCGUCGUGUACCCGUCGACCACCGAGCAGGUCUCCGCGAUCAUGAAGAUCUGCCACGUCCGGCGCAUCCCCGUGGUCGGCUAUAGCGGCGGCACCAGCCUCGAGGGCCACUACACGCCGACGCGCGGCGGCAUCUGCAUCGACUUCAGCCGCAUGAACAAGGUGCUCGCGCUGCACAAGGAGGACCUCGACGUGGUGGUGCAGCCGGGCGUCGGCUGGGAGGAGCUCAACGAGCAGCUGGCGCAGCACAACCUCUUCUUCCCGCCGGACCCGGGGCCGGGCGCCCAGAUCGGCGGCAUGGUCGGCACCGGCUGCAGCGGCACCAACGCGUACCGCUACGGCACCAUGCGCGAGUGGGUGCUGUCGCUGACCGUCGUGCUGGCCGACGGCACCGUCAUCAAGACGCGCCAGCGCCCGCGCAAGAGCAGCGCCGGCUACGACCUGACCCGCCUCUUCAUCGGCUCCGAGGGCACGCUGGGCCUGGUGACGGAGGCGACGCUCAAGCUGUGCGUCAAGCCGGCCGCCGCCUCCGUCGCCGUCGCGAGCUUCCCCUCGAUCCGCAGCGCCGCCGACUGCGUCGCCCGCGUCGUCGCCGACGGCAUCCCCGUCGCCGCCGUCGAGAUCCUCGACGACGACCAGAUGCGCUUUAUCAACGCCCACGGCACCACAUCCCGCCGCUGGCGCGAGGCGCCCACCAUCUUCUUCAAGUUCACCGGCACCGCCGGCGGCGUCAAGGAGCAGAUCGACAUCGUGCGCCAGCUGGCCCGCCGCGCCGGCAGCCAGUCCUUCGACUUCGCCAAGGACGACGCCGAGCAGGCCGAGCUGUGGCAGGCCCGCAAGGUCGCCCUGUGGAGCACCAUGGCCCAGCGCCGGCCCGGCGACCGCGUCUGGACCGGCGACGUCGCCGUGCCCAUGAGCAGGCUGCCCGACAUCAUCGAGCAGACCAAGAAGGACUUCAAGACCUCGGGCCUGACCAGCUCGAUCGUCGGGCACGUGGGCGACGGGAAUUUCCACGUAAUACUGCUGUACAGCGACGCCGAGCGCAAGCUGGCCGAGGACUGCGUCCACCGCAUGGUGAAGCGCGCCGUGGAGCUGGAGGGCACCGUCACGGGUGAGCACGGUGUCGGCCUCGUCAAGCGGGACUACCUUCCCCACGAGCUGGGCGAGACAACCGUGGAUGCCAUGAGAAAGAUCAAAGCCGCCUUCGACCCGCUAUGUCUGCUCAACUGCGACAAGGUCGUGCGCGUGCAGAAGCCGGCCCGCGGAGAAGUGGCCGAGUGGUGAUGCAGCGGUUCUGUACUAUACUGGGUACAUAUCGGGUACCUACCUCCCAGGUACCCUUGCCAUCUGCGAGUAUUUCAAACAGAUGUCAAAUCCU